GUGUUUUCAGCCAUCCUUUUGUGAUUAAUUGUUCUCUUUUAUUUAACCUUCGAACGAGAGAUUAAGCAAAGCAGUGGCCAAAAGUAUGUCGGCGGCGGCGACAACUAGCAGAGCGACUCGGCGGAUGGGAGCCGAUGAUGAGAAGUUAGUCUUCGAGACGACGGAAGGAAUUGAGCCGAUAAUGAGCUUCGAUCAGAUGGGACUUAAAGACGAUCUCCUCCGUGGAAUCUACAAUUACGGCUUCGAGAAGCCUUCGGCUAUCCAGCAGAGAGCGGUUAUGCCGAUAAUCAAUGGUCGCGACGUGAUUGCCCAAGCGCAGUCUGGUACCGGCAAAACUUCCAUGAUUGCCCUGACCGUAUGCCAAGUUGUCGACACUGCUAGCAGAGAGGUUCAAGCAUUGAUCUUGUCACCAACAAGGGAACUGGCUUCACAAACGGAGAAAGUGAUAAGGACAAUUGGUGAUUUCAUGAACAUACAAGCACACGCUUGUAUUGGAGGCAAAAGUGUGGGUGAAGAUAUAAGAAAGCUAGAACACGGAGUUCAUGUAGUGUCUGGAACUCCCGGUAGAGUUUGUGACAUGAUCAAGAGGAGAACCCUACGUACAAGGGCUAUUAAAUUACUGAUUCUUGAUGAAUCUGAUGAGAUGCUCAGCAGAGGGUUCAAAGAUCAAAUUUAUGAUGUUUACCGACAUCUUCCACCAGAGCUUCAGGUUUGUUUGAUAUCUGCUACCCUCCCUCAUGAAAUCUUGGAAAUGACGAGCAAAUUUAUGACUGAUCCUAUAAGGAUCCUUGUGAAGCGUGAUGAAUUGACUCUGGAGGGAAUUAAGCAGUUUUUUGUAGCAGUUGAAAGGGAGGAGUGGAAGUUUGAUACACUUUGUGAUCUUUAUGACACGUUGACUAUCACUCAAGCUGUUAUUUUCUGCAAUACAAAACGGAAGGUUGAUUGGCUAACUGAGAAAAUGCGUAGCAAUAACUUUACGGUAUCAUCAAUGCACGGUGAUAUGCCUCAGAAAGAAAGAGAUGCAAUUAUGGCCGAGUUUCGUGAUGGUGCAACCCGUGUUCUUAUCACUACAGAUGUUUGGGCCAGAGGGCUUGAUGUUCAGCAGGUGUCUUUGGUGAUCAAUUACGACCUGCCAAACAAUCGAGAGCUUUACAUCCAUAGGAUUGGGCGUUCUGGUCGGUUUGGUCGAAAGGGUGUUGCUAUUAAUUUUGUGAAAAGCGAUGACAUCAAGAUUCUAAGAGACAUAGAGCAGUACUACAGUACCCAGAUUGACGAAAUGCCAAUGAACGUUGCGGAUCUGAUAUAAGAAUGCUUGGAUCAAAGGGUAUGGUUGAACACGAUUCAUUGUAUUUUGUGAUCGACUUGUUUAUCUAGUUGCACGUGUCUGAGUGAUUGGCUUUGUAAGUCGAUUGAUGCAAACUGGAGGUUUUGGUAACAAGAAAAAAACUUAUCAGAUUAAGGCAUAAUGUUCGUGCUUUUGUUCCCUGUACUUGGAUUUGCUCAAAUUCCAGCAGUGUUGUUAAUUUAGGAGUUUUGAAGUCUCGUCUCUCUUAUUCACACCUUAUGCAUAUGGUUUUGGGGUUGGAUAUGUUCAUCUGUACCGUGUCUUUUAAGUACGAUGGAAGUUUUGAUUUACCAACACAGAAUUUCAGUAA